AUGAACAGUCCAGUUGAAGACUUCAAUGCGUUUAAAAAUGAAAUGCUCAUCUCGUUUAGGAGACAAAUGGGACACCACAUCCUGACAGAAUGCAGGAGAAGGUGGGAGGAAUGCCACAUACCCGGCUGUGGCGCCGUCACCCAGGACCAACUGGAGCACGAGAGGCAGGAGGUCACCACCCACAAUUUCCUGCUGCGUCAGGUCGGGGCACGUGGCGAUGGGGAGCACAUGGUGCAUGGCCCCCUGCACAGCUUGCAGUGGGCGGUUGCCGACCCAACACGACCCGUGAGGUCACCUACCUUCAUCACCAGUGGGAACCGUACGUGGGAGGCCAUGGCGGUCCCACCCAGCAGAGGCGUGCCCUGGUGUGUGUGCCUCCGACUGGUAGCAGGACCACCUGCGCUGGCAAAAAUCAGGAUCAAAAUGUCGGCUGCCGAACAGGAAGCAGUUGUAGGCUGCACAGCUGCCAUACUGCCAGGUGCCAGUGGGAAGAAGUGGGACUUGCAAAACAUAACGAACACAAGCAACAUCCGUAUCCACAUUCUUAUUCAACACUAA